AUGGAAAGUAAAACGGAUGUAACGUUUGAUGAUGAGGAGGAAGGCGAAUUGAUUAACUGGAAAGUCACCGAUGACGCUUAUGUAUCUGCUGAUGCCGUCCUUCUUAUUUACAGCAACAAAAGCGGUGAGAAAAAAUCAUUAAAAGCAUCUGUAUCCGGUGUAGUUACUAUCGAUGCUACCAUCAAAAAAGGGCAAAAAUUAAAAAAGGGUAUGAUUAUUGCCAGUUUACGACCUUGUACUCAUGCAAUUGUUAUCAAAGAAAUGUGUGCAUCGUGCGGCAGGGAUUUAAGAUGUAAACCAGGGACUUCUGGAGAUUUGAUGGAAGCCAGUACUGCAAACGUAUCAAUGAUACACCACGUUCCUGAAUUGAUCGUCUCUGAUGAGCUAGCUCGAAAAAUAGGCAGUCGUGAUCGUGAAUUGCUUUUAAAAGCACACAAAUUGGUGUUGUUGGUUGAUUUGGACCAAACACUCAUACAUACAACCAAUCAUACUUUUGAAGUGGACAAAGAUACGGAUGUUUUACAUUACAAAUUGAAAGGAACUAAUUUCUAUACGAAAAUUCGUCCAUAUGCACGCGAAUUUUUGAGACGUAUGGCUGAAAUGUAUGAAAUGCAUAUAAUCAGUUACGGAGAAAGACAGUAUGCGCAUCGUAUUGCUGAGUUUUUAGAUCCUGAUAAGAUAUAUUUUGGCCAUAGGAUAUUGUCACGCGAUGAAUUGUUUUGUGCGAUGUAUAAAACAAAAAAUAUGCAAGCACUCUUUCCAUGUGGUGAUCAUAUGAUUGUGAUGAUUGAUGAUAGGCCUGAUGUUUGGCAAUACUCAGAUGCUCUUAUUCAGGUGAAACCAUACCGAUUCUUCAAAGAAAUUGGUGAUGCCAAUGCGUCGAAGUACGAAAAAGGUGAACGUGUUCAUUCUGAUAGUUAUGCGGAACAGGAUAUGGAAUCAGAGGAUGAUGAAUCAUUAGAAUAUGUUUCAAUUGUUCUUACUAAGAUACACAGGGCUUUCUAUGAAUUGUUUGACGAUGCAAAAGUAAAUCGCUUCCCGGACUUGAAAGGAAUAAUAUCAUAUUUUCGAAAACAAGUAUUGCGUGAUUGUUCAAUAGUAUUCAGUGGCAUUGUACCUGUUGGUGUUGAUAUUAAAAAAACAGAAGCAUACCGAUUAUGUGUGCAGUUUGGUGCAGUUGUUACGGAUAAUGUGAGUAGUUCCACAACUCACGUGAUUGCUGCACGGUGGGGGACAACGAAAGUUUAUGAGGCUAACAAACUACCAAAUAUAUCCAUUGUAAAUCCUAAGUGGUUAUUUGCCUGUGUCGAAAGAUGGGAAAAGGCAGACGAAAAAGAAUUUGAAUUGUUGAAGGAUGAAACACGAAGCGGAGAAAGACUUCAGAGUGGGACUAUCGUCGUUGAUGAAAUUUCAAGGCUACCUACAUUGGGUAAAGAAGCCUUGUCGCUUAUGACUGAUGAAGUUGAUGAAGCAUUAUCGGAAGAUGCAUCAGAUGAUAAUGAUGACGAAGAUUUAGAAGAACAAUCGCUGGCGAGUUCAUCCUCAAAAGAAGAAAUAACUGUGAAAAGAAGAUAUGAAAAAAACGAUGAUGAAAGUAGUGCUUCAUCCAGUAAGAAACAGGCUCUAGAAAAGGAAGAAGGGAAUGAAUCCGAUAGAUCAUCGUACUCCGGUGAGUCAGAAUCAGAUGAUGAUGACAUGGCAGCUGAUGUUGAGCGGCAGUUUUUUGCAAUGUAA